GGCCACGGAUUCCCUACAUGCCAGAAAUGGAUACUCAGCCUUUGGUUGCCAAGUUAAAAAAAGACUAUGCCUUGGAGACUAUUACACAGUUUCUUCAUGACAAUGCUCCAAUACCCACUAAAAGUAUCUCUGAUUUGGAAAAGAGGAUGGAUGAAUGCAAAAUGAGAGUCCGUGAACAUGCUGAGGUCGUAAUUUAUUUGAAAUCUAAAGAAUCAGAAAUAGAUGACCAAGAGGGUGUUUUUAAAGAGCAAGACGCUGAAUCAACAAGCAAUUUGCAAAGGAAGAAGAAGAAGAAAAAGAAGAAAGUGAAGAUUGCUGCAGAUGCCAUAGACCACUCAAGUUCUAAAAGAGUUGAGAAUUACAAGUUCCCUGGUUUCAAGCCAAAGAAACUCACGAAACUACCAAACCAUCUAGAAGCCGCACAACUCUGGGAUUCAGUUCUAAAAGUCCAAACCUUCAAGGGAGUAGAUACAAAAAUUCUGAAGAAAUUGUUUAUCUCUGAAGCAUCCCUUGCAAUUUUACAGGAUUGCUUUUGGUGGUGGUUUCUUCACAAGUUCAAGCCUAAUCAAGCUGAACAGGACCACCUUUUUGAUAGAAUAUCAGACAGCUUUGUGGCGCUUCUCUUGAGUACUCCCAAUUUCAUAAAAGAUCCUUUCUUUCAGAUGUACCCCGACUGCUUGUCACAAGCCAUCUAUGUUACUUUUUGUGAAGCUUUUCCUGAAUCCCGUCUUUGCUUCACUGACGAAUUUAAAGAGGAGCUAAUGGAUUUAGUUUUUCAAUGGAUAAGAGGUACCACAAUUUGUCUUUGA